AUGGCCAUCAUUGAAGAGAAAGCUCCCUCCGACCCGCCACAAUAUGAAUGUGAAUCCGCGCCGCCAAGGGUCUCUGACGACAAAGUCUCCGGGGACAAAACCCCACCAGUCGUGGUGGUGCCAGCGGAGUCUUCUUCUGCACCCUCUGAAGCAGAAUGGCAGGCCAAGCUCGAUGUAUUGGAGAAGAGAAUCGAGAAGUACAACAAGAAGCGGCGGCGAAGCGACGAGGCAGCCAUUCUUGCAGCUAUGCACGAUCUCGCAGCUGUCCACCCUGAUCCGAAAGUCAAGGACUAUUGGACACGGCGCGCUGACGAGUUUGAGAAAGCACCAGAAGCGGACAAGUUGGUGAUCUUGAAGGACAUCAUACGGGCAAUGCGUCUUCUACUUGCGGCGCCACUGACCAUUGCCGCGUUGCUGCUUAUUGGAACGGGGACGUUGGUCAAGGUUUCUGGAGAGUGGAUCAGUGGCCGUCGCUCUCUAUCAAAGAAAAAAUCCAAACCAGACGUAUAG